AUGGCGAUCCUCUCCUAUAUCCUUCUGGGCAUGACCCAUCCAUCCGAACUCAGAGCAAUGAUCGGAUACAAAGUCUGGCGAGACCCUCUCAACGAUAUCAAAGCCAACCCCGCCGAAUCCGGUUGGGAUCGCGAACGAAUGCGUGAUUGCUGGACAUUCCUCGAUCUCACCUCUCGCUCCUUUGCUGCUGUCAUUAAAGAACUCAAAGGCGACCUUUCCCGAGUCGUCUGUCUCUUCUAUCUCGUCCUUCGCGCUCUCGACACUAUUGAAGACGACAUGACGAUCCCUGCUUCUCGCAAGAUCCCUCUCCUCGUCGAUUUUUUCAAGUAUCUCGAACAACCAGGUUGGAACUUCAACGAAUCUGGUCCGAACGAAAAGGAUCGACUGCUUUUGGUUGAGUUCGACAAGGUCGUUGCGGAGUAUCAGUUGCUGGAUGAAGGGUACAGGAGAGUGAUCAGCGAUAUCACCGCUAAGAUGGGUGCCGGUAUGGCUAGUUAUAUCGAGCUCAGUGCCGGAAAGGAUUUGAGUGUGGCAACUUGGGGUGAUUUUGAUUUGUACUGUCACUUUGUUGCAGGCUUGGUGGGUGAAGGUUUGUCGAGGUUGUUUAGUGAGUCUAGACUCGAACGGCCCUGGCUUGGCCACCAGCUGCAACUUUCCAACCACAUGGGAUUGUUCUUGCAGAAAACAAACAUCAUCCGAGACUACGCCGAAGAUUGCCAACAAGGCAGACAUUUCUGGCCAAGACGAUGUUGGGGUGACUCUUACGCUCGGUUUUCCUCGCAAGCUCAAGUCGCAUCUGGUAUCGUAGAGGUUAAACCUGGAAGCAACAAGUUCAAGCCGCAGGAGGGAGAGCUAGGACAAAGAAGCAUGUACGUCUUAUCUUCGAUGCUACUCGAUGCCAUGUCCCACGCUACGUCCGCCUUGGACUAUUUGGCAUUGCUUAGAGAGCAAAGCAUUUUCAACUUCUGCGCCAUCCCGCAAGUAAUGGCUAUUGCUACGUUGGAAUUGAUGUUCAACAACCCGGACGUAUUCAAGAAAAACGUUAAAAUCCGAAAAGGAAUCGCCGUAGGCCUCAUCCUCAAGGCGGUAAACCCUCGCGAUGUAGCCUAUGUUUUCCUCGACUACUCCCGUCGUAUCCACAGUCGUCUCUCCCCUUCCGACCCCAACUUCACCCGAUGGUCUGUUGAACUGGCACGCAUCGAACAGUGGUGCGAAACCUACUAUCCAUCCUACGUAGCCGAUGCAGCAGAGGGCAACCUUUCCGAUGCUCGUGCUGCGUCUCUCAAAACCUGGUCUGAAGACCGCCGUGCAAAAGCACUCGCACUCAAAUACUCCAACAACCCAGAAAGUGAGCAACUACAACCCAUCAACCAAAGAGAACUAAUGACAGAAGAGGAGAGGAGAGUGGCGGAUAAGAAAGAUAAAGAUGAAAUGAUGUGGUUCUUUGUGUUGAUGCUAGGAGGUAUGACCUUGUUCAUGGGAUUGGUCGCGUUGAUUACCUGGGAAGCGGCUUGGUAUUGGACUAUGGAUGGACCUGAUCCGAUUCGGGUGGCCUUGGUGGCGAUGUAUGAAACAGUGACCAGAGAGGCUUGGUCGACGGUAAAGGAGAUUGCGGUGACCGUGAAGGAGAGUUUUGACUUUGUUUACAAGAAUGCUAUUGGAGGAAACAAGGGCAAGAUUGAGUUGUAG